AUGUGCUCCUGGGUUGGUGGCCUGGGCUCUGGCCUAGGCCAUUCCCAGGGAGGAGUGGAUGGCAGUGAGACUUCCUUGACCGGCUCCAACUCGGAUCUCACCAUGGACUUUGGUGAUGUCAUAUCAUCUCAGACAGAAAUCAAUAGACUCCUCAAUGAGAUCCAAAGACUGGAGGCUGAUCUUACACUUUGGAAACAUUUGUCCAAGGGACCGAAUAGCUCAGACUCCAAUGCCAUCUGGAAACUGAAGAGCACCAUCAGGGACCUAGAAGAGAGGCGGAUGAGGGAGAUCGAGGAACAUCAACUCGGAGUUGCGAUACUGCACAGUGUCCAUCAAGAAAAACUGGCCGACAUCACUGACAGGCACCGCAAACAACUCCUCGAGUAUGAAAGACGGAUAGAAGACCUGCAACAUCAAGAGUCUGCCAGUCAUGGGAAAGAUGACUUACUUCAAGAAAGGGAAACUGAGCUUAGAAGGUUGAAGCAACAACUUGCAGAAAUGGAGCGGCUGAAUGACCGUUUAAACAACGUUGCUUCUGAUCUCAGAGCAGAAAACCAAAAGUUGGUUUUGGCGCUCCAGGAUGUAAGACAUCAGCUGGAAGAAUCUAUUCUCCGGAACAACGAGGAUUCUCUGGAAAACAACACUGCUGUGAGGGCUUUAAAAAUAGAAAAAGGACGGUUAAUAGCAAAAUUGGCUCGGGCGGAAAAGAAGCUGUUGGAGGAAACAAACAAGGAUGAGCAAACUAUCAAAGAAUUGUCCCCUUUAGAGCAUGUGCAUUGCAUUCAACACAGUCAAGAGAAAGACCUGGAAAUAGUACACCUCAAAAAGAGGAUCGAGCAGAUGGACGCCGACCAUACAGAAACGAAGGAAAUGCUGUCCUCUGCUCUGGAGGAGCAGAAGCGAUUGACACAACUCGUUAAAGAGAAAGAGAUGUAUAUUGAAGAACUUACAGGAAGUCCAGAGCUUCAGGAGGAAUUCGGUCAGUCUACCCAAACCUUCAGAAGUAAUGACAUUUCCCAGCCAUCCGUGGAGGACAAAGACAGGUGUCUCCCAUCCGUGACAGGCGAAAAUCCUCAUCUGAGAGAAGAACUGGAGAGCCUAGGACAACAGAGUCGCUCUGUUCCUGCGCUCGACCCUAAAAUCCUAGACGAGAUCGUAGAACUGGAGUGUGAGGUGUUUCACCUCCAGGAGUUAAAGGAUGAUCUCGAGGAGGAAAUCAGAGAGCAGCAGAAGAUCAUUCACAACCAGCAGCAGGGGAAGAUAGGACUGCUUCAUUCUUUACAAGAGCAGAAGCAGAAAGUGGAGCAGCUCCAAUACCAGCAGGAGCAGAUGAAUAUUGAACACGCUCAGCUCCUUUCAGCGAAAGACGAGGAGAUUCAGCAUUUGCAGGACACGAUAGACCAAAUGAAAGCCCGGUUGCCUGACAAAAGCCAGCACAUUCCGACAGAAGACUGUGAUGAUGUGGAAGUCCCAACCAGUCAGCCUCUUCCCAGACAAAACGCAAGUGAAAAGCUUGAUUCACGUGAAGCCGAAACUCAAAUAUCAGUCCUAGGAAUCAAAGAACACGAACUGGAGAUGAAGCUUCUAACUGAACAGAACAUCCGACUGACGGAACAGAUGGAUCGGCUCUCCAAAGAGGAGAUUGGUAAACUAACUCAGAUUAUCCAGCAGAAAGACUUGGAGAUUCAGGGUCUUUCCAGCAGGAUCUCUGCGGCUUCUCACAGCCAGAACCGGGACGUGGAGCGACUUCAGCGGCAAUUGCAAGAGUACGCUUGGAAAAGCGAACAGGUCUUGGCGGUCUUAAAUGAGAAAACGAGGGAGAACAGCAAUCUGAGGACAGAGUAUGACAAAAUGGCGGAUAGGAUGGCUGCCACAGAAGCAGACCUCCGGCGGAUGCAAGAGGAAAAUCAAAAACUGUCCACUAGAAUGGACAGUAGUGGUCAGGAGAUGUUUAGAGAAACGAUUCAGAAUUUAUCACACAUCGUUCGAGAAAAAGACCUCGAAGUGGAUGCGUUAAGUCAGAAAUGUCAGACUUUAUUGACACUCCUGCAACCCUCCAGCCCUGGUAAUGAGGUUCGAGGCGUUCAUAUGGAUCAGUUCAAGCAGCUUCUACAGGAACGGGACACAUUAAAACAGCGAGUGAAGAUCAUGGAAGAGUGGAAACAGCAGGUGAUGACCACAGUCCAAAAUAUGAAGCGUGAGUCACCCCAGCUUGAGAGAGAGCUGGCACAACUCCAGGCGCGGGCUUUCACCAGCAGCGAGAAGGAUUCUGAACUACCGACGACCUCUAGUGACCUGAUGCAGACGUACAAAGGCAAUGAAAUAAAAUUACAACAUUUAGAGAAGGAACUGGCACAAAUUCAGCUCAGCAUCGGGGAGCUUUGCAAUGCCAAGGAUCUCCUUCUAGGGAAACUGGACGUGAUUUUCCUCGAGCCCUCCCCCGACUGCUCAGAGUCAGCGGACUCUCUGGAGCCCGUGAAAUCUGACAGAGUGGGUGAGGCUUCUGAGUUGCUCCAAGUGGAGGUAGAAGAGCUGAGAAAAUCAAUGCAAGAAAAAGAUAGGAUGAUUCGAACCCUCCAGGAAGAUAAGCAGAGAUGGACUGAUUCAGUGGCUGCCACGUGGGAAGGAGAAGGCCCAGAACAGGAACACAGGGAUUCCGACAUCGAGCAGCUGAAGGAGAAACAGGCCGUUCUACAAAACUUCAUUCGGGAUCAGGAGCUCCGAAUCCAAGCGAAAAGUGAGGACUUGCUUUCUUUGCAGGAGAACUUCCGUAGCCAAGUGAGUGAAAAUGAACUUUUGAGGCAGACGGUCACCAAUCUGAAGGAGAGAAUAGCAGAGUUGGAAAUGGAUGUGUGUCAACCGAGAGAGGAAAAUGCAAAAGUCGAGGAAAACUCUCGAGAAAAGGCAGUGGGAGAUGAGGCAUUGCAAGAGACAGAUAGGCUGCUUUCAGUGAUGCGGAGAGAGGAGGAAUCCCAGGGUGCUGCGAUGAAAGAGAAGGCACUUGCUUUGGAGCAACUAUCGCAAGAGAGAGAAGAGCACGAGACCGGGGUAUUGAACCGGCCGGUCAGUGCAGUUCCAUCAAUGCAGGGAAAGACAGUUCUGUGCCAACAGGGGAGAGAUGAAGUCCUGUUGGCCCUGACACAGAAACAAAUGGAAACCUGUGCCCUCCAGAAGGAGGUUCGCCAUUUACGUGAGAGCGAAUUACGCCUAACCCAGGAGCUGGAGAGACGGCGACACCUCGCUCUAGAAGCCGAAGACGCUCAUCGCCGGGAAGCUCUGGCCUCAGAAGACAAAGUGGCUCAACUCAGGAAGGAAGUGACGGUCUUGCAGGGAAGACUCGUUUUGUCUUCCACUGCCAUGGAAAAUGCCAGCCGAGGAGCCAGUCUGCAGGUAGAGUCGCUGCAGGAGCAACUGCACGUGGUGACCCAGCAGAAAGAGGACACUGCGCUCCAGCUUGCUGCCUCGCAGGAAGAAGGAAGGCAGUAUGGUCACAUCCUAGCUGACCUCAAGUUGGAACUCGCCGAAUGGAUGGAAAAGGCAGACAGCCUCGAAGGAAAACUGAAGUCAUUGCAGGGACGAUUACAUAAAACAAAUGCUGACUUGGAGCUGAAGGAAGACCAACUCCAAGAAUUCCAGAAACAGAAUGAGGUCCAGCAGGAAAUCCUGGAGGACACACAGAAGAAACUGAUGAACUUAGUCAGUAAGUCCGAAGGAAUGGUGGACAAAACCCUACUAAGGAGACUCUUCCUGGGAUCUUUCCAAGCCCCUGACGCUGAACGGCAGGAAGCCUUAAGGUUGAUGGGAAGCAUGCUGGGGAUCCGAGAAGACCAGAUGCGGCAGCUGUUCAGUGAAGGGCCAGGUGGUGGUACCAGCUGGAUGAGUCGGGGGCCUGGAUCCAAAAGCGCCCCCAACACACAUGUGAAGCCAAAUCACCGACCUAUGGCCAAGAAUUCUUUUUCAGGGCUUUUCGUCCAGUUUCUAGAAGCGGAAUCUCAUUCAGCUUUGCCACCACCAAAGCCCUCUGCUCAUGACGUGAAGCCCCCAGAUCCCGGAGGAAGGGGAAAACUGGCUAUGAAACAAGGCCCAGCACGUCUGAACACUACCCUAGCAUCCACAUCCCGGAAAAAAGAUGUGAAGCCCCGCACCACAACGGUGUCUCUUAUUACCCCACCUGGACCGGAAGCGGAUGGAUCGGAGCACCUUCUUCUAAAUGCCGUCACUGAUGCUUUGCCCACGUACGCACCCCAAAUACUGUCACCUGCGGAGAAGGUUGGAAUGGCGGCCAAAGGCCUCUCAAAGAAAUAG